UUGAGUUAAAUCCUUAAAUAUACGUUUCAAACAUGGAGGGUUUGGACGUGAAAUCCAACGAUGUAGACAUAACAAUUACGGCGCCUUCCGAUGGUGAAAGAGAGAACUCCGCUUCAUCAUCAGAGAACGAGGAAGCGUCGGAUGUAAACGAGAAUAGCUUUGAUACUCCAACAGAAAAUUCGAUGAAGUUGAAUGAUGACGGUAAUGAUGACAGCGAAGAGCUCUGUGAACGCUUUGACAGCGGAGUAAGUUUAAACGACGAGAAAUUUUCUCCGGAAAAUAGGAAAAAGAUCCAGAGGGAAGGGAAGAGUUUUGACACAGUCAGUGAUCGCGUACUGAUUGAAAAAGAUGGCAAAUUUGAACUAGUGGAUGCAAAUGAAAUAAAGGCAGAAUAUUUCGAAAUGUUAGGCAUCAAACCAGCUGGGCAAAGGGGAAAUAAUGAAAGUAACAGGAACUUAGAUCAUAGAGAUAGUUCAAAUGAUGUGCGCUCAGUUAAAAAUAGACCAAAGACAACACCAUCUCACGGCAAACGAAAUAAGGAAAUAGAGAGUAAGAAUGCCAGUGGACGAAUUCAAAGUUCUGGGGAUAGAAAUCCUGAGUACUCAAACAUAAAAUCACCAUAUGCUUUGAAUGAAAAACAACUGGAAAUCAAGCGAAAACGAGAAGAAGCAAUUGCACGAAGGAAGAAAGAAGAGGCAGACCGACAACAGGAGGAAGAAAGAAAGAAACGGGAGAAUGCAGAAAAAGCAUUUCAGGCUUGGUUGAAUUCAAAACGAGAAGAAGAAAGAGAAAGACGACAGCAAAUGUCGAGAGAUAUGCAAAACAAAGAUGAUAGUCGUAUCAAGGAAUCAAAGAAAGCAUAUGAUGCCUGGAAAAUGGCAAAGAGGAGACAAGAAAACAAGGAACGUGAAGCAGAGUUGAGAAAAAUGCAAGAGACUGCAUCCAUGUAUGUUGUCCAUGAUCGUGGUGCUUGUGAAGAGGCUUUCAAAAGAUGGUUGAAGAAGAAAAAUGACGAGAGAAAGACAAAAGUGAUGGAGAAGAAGAAACGUUUAAAGAUGAGAAAAAAACAGAAACCAAAAGAGCCUUUACCGAUUAACUCAGAGAAAAUAAGGUUCACAGACAAUUAUGGCUACAGAAAUACUGUUGUUUAUUAGACAUAAUUUGAUUAAAAAUCAAUAGCAUGUAUGUGCACUGUUACUUUCAUAAGACUGUAAAUAAGACAUAGAGUAGAGAGUAUUUUAGGUGAUAUUUAACAAAAGAUUUUAUGUUCAUUCUAUGGUAAUGUUUGCAAGCUUUAUGCCCAUGUUCACCACAACUUAAAACUUUAAAAACACUGUGAUGUACAUACCACCUUAAUCCACAUAAAUACAUAAUUUACAAAGUACUCCAUACCUCCUUGACCAUUUUAAUGCUUGCAUUGAUGAAACCAUAGCAGGCAAGUGUGUGAUCUAAAAAUGUGAUUCAGUUAGCAACAAAUGUAAAUGAAUGUUAGCCAAUUUAGUAAAUUUACAAGUUACCAAGA